AAGGUUUUCCUUGAUGGCAGAGACUGCAUCACAGAAGUCCAGUACUUCACAAGACUCAUUGUCAGGGCACCAGGCAACCAUUCCAAUGAUGAUGACCUUGAUGCCCCUGAUAAAUUUGAAUAUGACAACAUCACUCUCAUCACUCUCUAUUCUGAUCCCCACCCUCACCUAUUCAAGCAAUCUUAUGGGGUUGUCACUUCCUGUACCAAGCAGGGUGAGCCAAGCUUGCAAGUCAUUCUGGUUUCCUCCAUUCAGUCAGUUGUUACGAUGGUGCCACAUCAUCCUGUCAUACAAGGUAUGGUCGAGGAGAGGUAUUUCCUGGUGGAGAAGAUGGGCAUAGACAUUGCAUGUCUUGGGGUUGAAGAAAAUGAGGAGGAUUGA